AGCUAAAUUCUGGAGCUGGCUUCAAAGGACUGUUGCGAAGUGGUUACAAGUCCUUCUCUGGGACGCAAGAUGCUAUAAUUCGUAAUAUUGAUGCGUGCAAAGAACUGUCGGAUAUUAAUCGUACUUCUAUGGGACCAAAUGGCAUGUUUAAGCUGGUGAUCAAUCAGCUCGACAAAAUAUUCAUCACGAGCGAUGCUGCAACCGUUGUGAAGGAGAUGGAAGUAGUCCAUCCUGCAGCGAAGCUGAUCGUCGAGGCUGCGCAGAAGCAGGAGCAAGAGGUUGGCGAUGGAACCAACUUCGUCAUCUCGUUCGCUGGCGAGCUCCUCUCGAAGGCAGGCGAGCUCCUCAUCCUCGGUGUCCAUGUGAACGACAUCAUCACCGGCUACGAGAAGGCUCUGGAAGUGGCCUACAAAGCGCUGGACGAGCUGGCCAUGUCCACGGUGUCGGACCUGCGCGACGUGUCGUGCGUGAGUUCCGCGAUUCUUCCGGUGAUCUGCGCGAAGCAGUACGGCUACGAGGACGUUCUCGCCCGCGCCAUCGCCGAGGCCUGCCUCUACACGCUGCCGCCCGCCCCCGCGAAGCCGAAGCUGGACGUGGACAACAUCCGCACGGCGCGUCUGCUGGGCGGGAGCAUCGCGCAGACGCACAUGAUGCCGGGCAUGGUGCUGCCGAAUCUCCCGCAGAACGACGUGCUGCACGUGGCCCACGCCAAGGCCCUCGUGCUCACCUGCGGACUGGAGGCCUCCAGCUCCGAGACCAAGGGCACCGUGCUCAUCCAGAGCGCGCAGGAGCUGCUGCAGUUCACCCGCGGGGAGGAGGCCGCCUUCGGCGACGAGAUCGAAGCCAUCGCGAAGACGGGCGUGAACGUGAUCUUCGCGGGCGGCAGCAUCUCCGAGAUCGCUCGGCACUUCCUGAACAAGUUCGGCAUCAUGGGCGUGUCCGUCGGCAGCAAGUUCGACCUCCGUCGGCUCUGCAAGGCGCUCGGCGCCACCGCGCUGGUGCGCGUCGGACCGCCCACCGCCGAAGAGAUCGGCCUCGCCGACGCCGUCGACGUCGCCGAGAUCGGCGGGAAGAAGGUCAUCGUCCUCCGCGCCUCCCGCGGGGAGGGACGCAUCGCCACGGUGGUGGUGCGCGGGUCCACCGAGAACAUCCUGGAGGACGUGGAGCGCGCCGUCGACGACGGCGUCAACGCCGUGAAAACGCUCUGCACGGACCCGCGGUUAAUCCCGGGUGCCGGCGGAGCCGAGGCCGGAAUGGCCGUCCGCGUCGCGGCGUUCGGGGAGGAGUGUCCGGGUCUGGACCAGUACGCGGUGCGGAAAUUCGCGGAGGCGCUGGAGGUGGUGCCGAGAACGCUGGCGGAGAACGCGGGGAUGGACGUGGCGAGGGUGCUGAGCGCGCUGACGGAGAAGUACACGGAGGAUCUGCGGUGCGGAAUGGGCGUCGAUCUGGACGGGGAGAGCGUGCGCGAUGUCACCAAGGGGGAACGGCCCAUCUGGGAUGUGUACGCCACGAAGCGGAACGCGCUGCGACUGGCGGUGAAUGCGGCCAUCACCAUCCUGAAGGUCGAUCAGAUCAUCAUGGCGAAGGAGGCGGGCGGCCCGAAGCUGCGCGCUCCGCAGAAGGACGUGGAUUAGAAUUGGGGAUUAU